AUGAUCAUUCCGACACUCGUGCAGCUCAGCAGUCGAGUUCUAGGAAAGUAUUUCCUAUCGAUCGAAAGCUUUCGAUAUAUCCCAGAUGAAUUUGUCGAGAACAUCUUUGACAGUUAUCUGAAAAUGAAUUCAUCGCUAUCGAUUAUAAGCCAAGAAGAUCUUAUACGAAUUGUAAAAGUGUUAACAGAUUAUCAUGGUGACUUAUUCUGCACAAGCUUCUCUUAUGUUAUUGCGAAUCAUUUGAAUAUCUUAACUUCGAAUUUUUACUUUCAUUUAUUUAAAUGUGUACAUAGAAAUUUAGUUCAAUUGGACUUUUCUCAUGCGUUGGAGAAAUAUACAUCGGAAGAGAAAGAACAGUUCUUGAACAUUUUCGGUCAAAUGGAAACAAUUGAAUAUUUGAGAUUAACUUAUAAUCGAUUAGAUGAUGAUGAUAUUCGACUAUUGACUGCAAGUCAUCGGAUUCAAAGCAAAGCAUUGUGUAACUUGCAUAGUUUGCAUCUUCAAGGCAAUCAUCUUACCAGUCGUUCGGCUCGGUUCCUCAAAUCAUUAACAACACUUGAUACUUUGUAUAUCUCCCUGGCAUCUCUUCAUGGCAAACCGGGAUUUGUUAGAGAGUUCGACAAUCUUUACGAAUGUAUUUGUUCGGUGCAGAAUAGUUGGGAGGAAAUUAUCAAUCGAGGUUGGAUUGGCAAGAUUCCUCAAUUGCAAUCGUCGAGUGCAUCAGUCGAUAAUAGUUUUUAUCGCAAACGACGUCGUGUAGAUAAUGAUGAUUCAAUUGCCUUAAUCAAACUCGUUCGGCAUUGUUCAACCUGCCAGCCAAGUCCAUCGAAAAAGCCGAUGAAGAAAACAGAGAAAGUCAUUUCUAAUCCAAUAGGAUUCAUAGAUUCUAAUCAAGCCAAUGAUCUCUUAUCGUGUUAUCUAUAA